AAUUUUAAAAGGUGGGCGUGGCAUAAUUAGAGGUGCGAAUUUCAUGUGGACCGCGCAAAUUGGAUAAGAAAGGCAAGUAGCAGCGGCAGACACACAAUAGAAUGAAUGUGUGUGCUUGAGAAAUAGCAAGAGUAGUUGAUGAAUGGGGAGCCAAGCAAAACUUGUAGUAGAAUCUCCUUUCUCCAACAGUAUUGUGAGCACUUUGGAUAGCAGCUGUUUGAAGUUCAGCACUCAUCGCUCAUCUUUAAAGUUUCACUCCUUAACCUUAACUACUCCACGACGACUUUCAUUAUCAGCAGCAGCAGCCACAACUACUCCGCCAGCCCCACCACCCAUUCAGGAUGAGCAAAGAAAGCCGCCGGAUCUUCAAACGCUUACGAGGAGGUUCUGGAAGGUUGCUGCUCCAUAUUGGUCCUCUGAUGAUAAAGUCCAGGCUAGACUGCAGUUGGCUGCUGUCUUUGCGCUUACUUUAGGAACCACUGGUAUUAGCGUUGGUUUCAGUUUCCUCGGCCGUGACUUUUAUAAUGCACUUGCCAACAAAGACCAAGAACAGUUCACCAAACAACUGUUAUAUUACCUUGCUGGCUUUGCUGGUGGUAUCCCGUUUUUCGUGUUGAGGGAUUAUGCAAAAGAGAAGUUAUCUUUAAGGUGGAGAUCUUGGAUGACAGGCUAUUACAUGGAACGGUAUCUGAAGAAUAAGACAUUUUACAAACUUCAGUCUCAGUCUACCAUCGAUAAUCCAGAUCAGCGAAUUGUUGACGAUUUAAGUUCCUUUACAGGAACAACUCUCUCAUUUUCAUUGACACUAUUCAAUGCUGCUAUAGACUUAAUAUCUUUCAGCAAUAUCUUGUAUGGUAUCUACCCCCCACUUUUUGUUGUGCUUCUUGCAUAUUCACUUGGUGGAACAGCUCUCAGCGUCUUCCUUGGAAGGGGAUUGGUGAGCCUCAACUUUUUGCAAGAGAAGAAAGAAGCAGAUUUCCGCUAUGGUCUUGUGCGCGUUCGAGAAAAUGCUGAAUCAAUUGCAUUUUACGGAGGCGAGAAGAAUGAGAUGCAACUACUGUUAAGUCGUUUCAGAAGCGCUUUUGAUAACCUGAGUCAAUUGUUGAUAUCUUCUAGAAAUUUGGAGUUCUUCACCAAUGGCUACCGCUAUCUUAUUCAAAUUCUUCCUGCCGCAGUUGUUGCACCUAUGUACUUCUCUGGAAAAAUUGAGUUUGGGGUUAUUAAUCAAUCCGCAUCCGCUUUUAAUCACAUUCUUGGUGAUUUCUCCCUCGUUGUAUAUUCAUUUCAGGCAUUAAGUGCCUUUUCAGCCGUCAUUGACCGACUAGGUGAAUUUGAUGACGUUUUGGAUAGCAGCAAUAAAACAGGUCAUCAUGAUUCCAAGGAAGAGAUCCAACUUAGUUUUUGCUUAAUAAGCUUUUCCAACGGGCUAAACUCAAAUGGAUCUAUGCCUCUUUCCAAGUGUGCAAAAUUACUUCAUGUUGAACACUUGACCGUACAGACACCAAGUGAAGCAACUCUUAUUAAGGACUUGUCUUUUGAGAUUUUUGAAAAGGAUCACUUGCUGGUUACAGGACCAAGUGGAAGUGGUAAAACUUCAUUGCUGAGAGCUGUAGCUGGUCUUUGGAGUUUCGGGAAUGGAGCAAUUACAGUCUAUGUCAGACCUAGAGGAGACCUGGAUGUGCCUCAGUCUCCAGAUGUGAUUUCUCAUCAAGAAACUUCAACUAAUGAGACCAUUGGGGAUUCCACAGGACGUAGAAAUUCUGAAGGUGUAAUUUUUCUUCCUCAAAAACCAUAUAUGGUUUUGGGUUCCCUUCGACAACAGCUGUUGUAUCCUACAUGGACUGAAGAUUCAGAUUACUUGUCAGAUGAUGUUAAACAAAGUGAUUCUUUGCCAUUCUUGAUGCGUGCACGGGAGGCAAGGUGUGUAAAUGAAAAGCCAAAGAAGCCUACAUCAGAUGAUCUAAUACAAGUUCUCAAUAACGUAUCCCUUGGACACUUGUUAUCUCGUUUUGACGGCCUAGAUUCAACACAUGAGUGGUCGAGCGUUCUUUCCCUUGGCGAGCAACAACGCCUUGCUUUUGGCCGCUUGUUGCUUUCAAAACCAACUUUGGCUUUGUUGGAUGAGUCUACUAGUGCUCUUGAUGAAGCCAAUGAGGAUCGUCUAUAUCAGCUACUCCAAGCUGCGGGAAUCACGUACAUAAGUAUUGGCCACCGUAGAACCCUCUACAAAUACCAUAAAAAGGUCUUACAUGUAUCUACCGCCGAUAUGACCAGUACCCAGCGCAAUUGGAGCUUUAAGAACGUAGAGGAGGACCCCAUAUACGAUUUUUCGAAGCAGUAAUUUUAUUCAAAUAAUUUUUCUUUUAGUACAGUGCAUGGAUGCUAAUAGGAUUCCACUCUGCUCCUGAGUAAGGUUCCCAGAAUUUCAUCUUGACUAUGCUGUAUGGUCAAUGGGGACUGGACAUGGAAGAAGCUAGGGAAUGCAGUACAAGUCUUGAGAUGUACUUGCCAUGUAUGUGUCCCAAAAUGUCAUUUUAACUUUUUUUCAUACAAUUAAGAAACAUUGAAGAGUCAAAAUGUUUUACUACAAUUGUUCCUCAUGUUAUAUAGACUUUCGAGGACUUUAUCCA